UGGAUGGAGUCUUAGAUCACAGGAGCCUUCCUAAAUGAGAAGCCAAGAAGACUUGGUGAAAGUUUCCUCUUCAGUUUUCGUGGAGAGACCCAGGUAUAGAAAUAUCCUUACUGACCUGAUCCUCACCUGAGCUGCAGCAGGAGAAACCACUGACAGCUUUGAGACCAGGCCCACUAUGUGCACCACCAGUGCGUGUGACCUGGAGGAGGUCCCUCUGGAUGAUGAUGACCCAAACAGCUUAGAAUUCAAAAUCCUGGAAUUCUACGUCAAACACCACGUCUUCAAGAACACUUCUGCUGUCUUCUCACCAAAGCUGCUGAGGACAAGAAGUUUGUCCCAGAAAGGGGUGGUGGCUUGUUCAGCAAACGAGUCAUGGACACAGGUGUCGUGGCCUUGCAGAAAUUCCCAAUCCAGUGAGAAGACCAUAAACCUUGCCAAGAAGAAGUCUUCUUGGAGAACGCUCUUUGGAGUAGUAGAGAAGGAGGAAGAUGCACAGAGUUCGCCUACAGUGUACCAUGCUCAGGAUCUUAGACUACUGAAACCUCAGGGUUGUCGCAGUCACCAGUCAUCUAGGGACCUUUCUAACGUGGAACAGCACUCAGAGGAUGAAGCUGUGGACCCCAAAGUUGUUUCCAUUGCCAACCGAGUUGCUGAAAUCGUCUAUUCCUGGCCGCCGCCAGAAGAGCCCCAGAACCUGGCAGGGCGCUACAGGUUUGAGGGGCUUGUUGAACAACGGGUUCUCCACCCCCAGCCCCAGAGCUCCCAGUCUAGACCUGCAAGUGCCAAGAAAGAUGAAGAAGACCAAAUAAUAGCCAAAAUCGUUGAGCUGCUGAAAUAUUCAGGGGAUCAGAUGGAAAGAGAGCUGAAGAAGGACAAGGCUUUGAAGAGCUUCCAGAACAGGCUGUCCUACUCUGUUAUCGAGACCAUCACAGACCAGUUCCUAAUGGGUGUGGACACGAGGGGAGAAUCAGAGGUCAAAGCUCAGGGCUUUAAGGCUGCUCUUGCAAUAGACGUCAUGGCCAAGCUCACUGCCGUCUACAACCACCCCAUGAACAGGAUGCUGGGCUUCGGAACCAGGUACCUGAAAGAGCGCUUCUCGCCCUGGGUCCAGCAGCACGGUGGAUGGGCAAAAGUGCUUGGGAUAUCACAUGAAGAGGUAGACUGAAACAUCAGAAGAUUUGGAAUCUGGAAUACUCACUGUCCAACUGUGGUCCUGUGUACAUCGGUCUCAGCAUAGAUUACAGGAGAAAAUAAAAAUGUACAAGGCAGAUGGAGCAUUGAAGUGUUCAAACCUAUUAUUCCUGUGAAUCAAGAGGCAUCAGGAGAGGCCUUGUUCGUCUCCAGCUCAUAGAGUGUAGUAGCAUGGUCCUUGACAUCUGCAUUUUUCAGGCCCUCCAUUGAGUGUAUGAGGAGGUCUAGAAAACAAGUGGCAAUUCUCCUUUCAGAUGUUCAGAACAGAAACCAUCAUCCUGCCUCUGUUGGCCACUUUAGGGAAAGUGUGUUACAGAUAUAAGCUGAGCUCAUGAGGGCGAAAUGAUAAAUUGUGCAUGUGCUGACUCUUUGGUUUCCGGGACUGUUUAUUUUUUAAACUACACUUGGGAUGGCCUAAUAAUGACAUUGUUUCAAGCUUACCUCAUAAAGAUGUUGCUGUUCAUGUUGGUAGACAUAGCUGAAGAGACUCUUGAGUUUACUGCUAUAUCUGCUAGUUUGGGGGGAUACUACAUAUUUGCCUUUUUGACUCACUUCUCUGGAAAAAUUCUUUGGCAGUUUGAAAAACUUCCAUUUGGCAAAAAACAAUUACUCCUACCACCCACAACUCUCUCAGUGACCCCACCUCUAUUUCUCAAGGUCUCUGGGACUUUCUUUGUUAUAUCUCGUGGUAGUGUAAUAAUUACUAGCUGGAAAAAUAAAUAUGUGGAAAGACCACUUAUGAUGUGGAAAGACUAGUCAAAAGAGUAUUGUUAAAAUAAGUAAUAAUAUUAAGAUUCUUAUGAGAAUCAAAUAAGUUAAUUUAUAGAAAGUGCUUAGAACAGCUCUUGGUGUUUAGCGCUAAGUGUUCACUUAUGUUUAUUAUUAUGUGCUGCCCUCAGCUCAGCUGAAAAUUUCCUCUCCUCUCAAAGCAGUCAUUGAUUGUUUUUUUUCUGAAAUUGAUACUGUUCAGAAUGAGGUUUUCUAGUAAGUGAAAUAUGUUCCAUAGUAAGCGUUUAAGACACACAACAAUUUUUUAAAAUACUAUCAAAUUAUAGCGUCUUACAAAUUUCUGGAUCCCUAGCACCCAGCAUGUAGCCUGAUGUAAAACAGAAGUUUAAUAAACCUUUGAUAAAUG